CAGGAUGAGAGGAGGAUGCUUCAUGCUGUAUACCGCGUGGGAAACCUGGACGAGACUAUCAAGUACUACGAGAAACACUUUGGCCUGAAGCAGCUGCGCUACCGUGACAUUCCUGAGGAGAAGUACAGCAAUGCUUUCUUAGGAGCCGGGCCAGAGACAGACCACUUUGCCCUGGAGCUCACGUACAACUACGGCGUCGACCACUAUGACAUCGGCACUGGGUUUGGCCACUUCGCCCUCGCGCACCCAGAUGUGUACAGCCUGGUGGACAGCAUCAAGAAGGAGGGCGGUAAGGUGUCUAGGGAUGCUGGGCCUGUGAAGGGCGGCAAGACAGUGAUUGCUUUUGUGGACGACCCUACCGGCUACAAGUGGGAGCUCAUCCAGCGGCCAGAGCCCAUCCCAGAGCCCAUCGCGCAGGUGAUGCUGCGGGUGACCGAUCUGGACAAGAGCAUCCAGUACUACACAGAGGCGCUGGGCAUGAAGCUGCUGCGCAAGCGCGACAACCCCGAGGGCAAAUACACCCUCGCCUUCAUGGCUUACGGCCCUGAGAAUGAGAAUACCGUCAUAGAACUCACCUACAAUUGGGGCAAGAAUGAGUACGAGAACUUCAAGGGCAACGCGUACGCGCAGGUGGCAAUCAGCACCAAGGACGUGUACAAGAGCGCUGAGCAGAUCAAGGCGGCAGGCGGCGCUAUCACGCGCGAGCCCGGCCCGCUGCCAGGGAUCGGCACAAAGAUCCUGGCCACCACGGACCCCGAUGGCUGGAAGUAUGUGCUCGUGGAUGAGGAGGACUUCCUCAAUGAGCUCAAGUAGAGGGCUGCCUGCACAAGCUCUCGACGUCCACAAAUGGCCAACAAUGUGAUGAGUGCCUAUGUUCCUGUAGUCCAUGUGAUAAGAAAGGUCCUAUUGACGGCCUUUUGUGCGCGCUGACCUGUGACGAGUGGCAACUGUAACUCACCCAGUUGGCUCCCAGAGUUGAAUUUGCCUGGUGUUGUCUGCUGAGCCCUAAGCUUUGCAUCUUUUGUACCUGUGGAGGACGGUGUGCCCUUGGAGGCAAUGCUUGCUGCAUGGUGGUAUUACUGCGAGGUAAUUUAUGUGUACAC